AUAGACAGACAUACAGACAGUUCUACUUCAUUUAUCCUUUUUAUACUUUGCAUUUAUUACAGGACUAGAUCUCACUCGCUUUUACUUCUACGUCCUUUUUCGUUGUUGUCAUUUUUUAAUACCUCUAACAUUGCACCUUUCACAUCCAUAUCCAUGUCCUUGACCUUCCCAGUUAAAUAUGGGCCUCCUUCCCAUAUCAGACCAAAACCAUACCAUCUCAUGCUUGAGCUCUUGGAGUCGCAAGCCAACAAGAAACUAAUGGGAGAAUACUUCGACGAUAUAACAUCAACAUUGGCCGAGUUUGAACCACUUGCUGCUGUCAACCCUGCCAUGAUCGACCUCCAGCCCGAAAUUCAGUGGUUCAUGAGACCAUUCUUGCUCGACUUCUUGAUUGAGCUCCAUUCGUCAUUCAAAUUGCAACCUCACACAUUGUUUCUCUGCCUCAACAUCAUCGACAGAUACUGCGCAAAGAGAAUCGUGUUCAAGAGACACUACCAAUUGGUGGGAUGCACGGCAUUGUGGAUUGCUGGAAAGUACGAAGACAAGAAGCUGCGGGUGCCCACGUUGAAGGAGUUGACGAUUAUGUGUCGCAGUGCCUAUGAUGAGGAGAUGUUUAUUCAGAUGGAACGACACAUAUUGAGUACUCUUGAGUGGAGCUUGUCGUACCCUAAUCUUGAAGAUUGCUUACAGUUGGCUAUCAAGUGCUCCCAUGUGUCCAACGUUACUCCUUGUAAAUAUAACGAGACGGUGGAGGGGAACGGCAAGAAUAGCACUGUGUCGGCCAUCACCGCCGUGGGGAGAUUUCUUUGCGAAUUGUCAUUAUAUGACAAGUAUUUCUUGUCGGUUACUCCUAGCUUAGUGGGUAUUGCUGCUAACCUACUUGCAUGUUCCAUGUUGAAGAUUCCUGAUGCCUCCAAUGCAUUAAAGGCGUUGAUUUCAGAAGUGUACAAUAACUACGACUCUGAUGACGACUCCGAUAUAAGCAUCUACGAUGACAACAUUGAAAACAAACGUCCUAAAGUCCACGGUGCUUUUCUUAGCGGAUUAGAUGACGAAGCUUUACUCACGGUGAAGAAGAUUGCGCUUAUGUUGCUUAUACAACUUAGCAAAGUGACCGAUGUGCUUUCCAAGAAAUAUGAGCCAUUGGGAGUCAUCCAAGUGAUCAACAACUUCCAUUCCCGCUACGUCUAUCUUAUUCAACAACUUUACGAGAAUCAAGACAUGAUUGUAUCCAACAUUGACCAGAUCAAUGCCAAGACCCUUUCUAUUGUUGAAGUGCUUUUACAGUUCCCACAAGAGGAGGACUACUACAAGUUUGCUGGCAACAACAACAACGAAAUGUUGGCGGUACCACAAAGUCCGUUUGCCAUGGACUCUGGCCCAGCGCCAUUGACACCACCAAGUGCCACUUCACAAUACAGUGUUUUCUCCAAGAGCGGAGGUAGUAAUAACAGCACCCCCACGCAUGCUAGUGUGGCUAGUUUUGGGGGAGCUGGUCCCAUCCGGACUAAACUGAAGAUCAUGAAGCGGAAGGAGUAUUCGCCCAUGAAGAACAAUUCUUCACCUUUGGUACAGAGACAGGUAUAGGGUAUAAUGGGUUUUAGUAUUUUUUGCAUGAUUUGUAUUUUAAUGAUUCACUUCUUUAUUUAGAUAUUUUAAGUUUUAAUGAACAAUUUUUGAUUGAU